ACUAACGCUCACCAACAACCUGAACGUAGUUCAGAAACCCAAGGUUCCGCUGCUGUGGAAGAAGUUAUAGAAGACCAGCUAUCUCCUACCACUUGCACUCGUGAAGACGACUUCAUCGACAAUUUAAGAGUGCCUUCGGAAUUCUGGUCAAGACAUGCCAUCCCAGGCCAAGGUGAUAGUGUUUUUUAUUCCACCUCGAUCCUGACUUCGAAGAUGGAAGUUGUCUCCGAAAAGGUUGUAGUAUUUCUUCGUCACAACCCAGUGCCUCGCUCCAAGGUUUUUGUCAGGGGUACGCUACUCGGAAGCAGACCCGUGAGGAACAAACUGGAUGCCGAAUGUCUCUUGGCUGAGGUUGAGGACCUUCACCUGUGUGCUGGAGCCGUGAAUUCCAGAGAUUACGGCGAAGAGCAAUUCACGGCGGGCCUGAAACGUCACGUCGUUAAAAGAGACGAAACUUAUUUCAGCAGCAACUGCCUUACCACGGUGCAAGCACCAGGUGGACAGUGUCUCUCCUGCAAAUACCUUAGUAAAAGCCUGCUUUUAAGAAAGGCUAUAGUGCGACAAGGUGUUGCAGAGCAAACUCGCCGAGUGACUCGGGAGCGCAAGCUGAUCAGACAGAAGAAUGGACGGCUGUCAUCAGGUCUGAAAACUGUGUCAGAGGACCUUGAACAUUGAAGUAUUGCAGAAAAGGGUACCGCGUUGAAAGAAGAAGUGUUGGACGAAAAGAUCGAAAAUCUGCCACCAAGACAGCAAGAAGCAUCUAGGCACUGCUUGUCUGCUGCUGCAUUGUGAUGUGGCACCGAACAACAUUGAGAAGAUGUGGGCGACAUAUGCGUUCGAGCUGCUUGGCCACAAAAUGCUGCAAGAGCUGCACCUUUUGAGCAUGAAAAGAAAUAUGGGAGCGUGACGGCAACACAGGCCUUCUUCAAGUAAGUUUCAACAUGCCCUAUUUCUAAAGCAAAUUUCAUUCCCCUUAAAGAAUAGCAUUAGAAGAUUUCAUGAUACACUCGUGGAUAACUUUUAUUGGCAGUGAAGCGAAGGCUGCAGAGCCAAGUUGUGUGAAUGCUACCACUAGUGAUUGCAGUCCCAUGAUGCGCAGUGUUUUCUACGUGAGAAAUAAAAAAAAACUCCUUCAUUUUCUGCAGGAAGCGUUUUGAGAAGGACACAGCGCACAUGAGUGAGAUAUUUAUAUUCGUUUGACUUUAUACGUUGUCAUUUCAUGACUUUGCACGCGCGAGAACGUCGUGCCUUUUGCAUUUACCUCAAACACUAAAUGGGGUCUGCGUCUUCAGGUGAGUGUCUGUCUCCUUCUCACUUUUCGGUUUACCCGCCUCAGAAAACUUGCGACGAACUGUACCCACAAGGGACUGUGUAAGCAAAGAAAACAAAUACUAUGCAACACUUAAGCUGCACAGUCAUCACUUUCCACAGCGCUAUGAAACACACGCCAAGCCUGACCACUUCGCGUAGGAGUACAUGAGCAGAAGCCAAGCCCCGUAGCUUCCCCUUCAUUGCAAAGGUCCACGAGUACAGCAACACCGCGGCCACAACGGAUAAAAAGAUGCGGCCCUUUGCGUGCCCAGAAAACAGCGGGAGCUGCCUAGUUGAACUUACUGCCGCUGUGGUGCAGCAAGACGGGCCACACCAAGGUGGUUUAAUGAACGCACAAGUGUCUUUGUGUUGCGGUUUUUUUUUUGAGGAGCCUCGAACUCUCGGCAAAUAUCAUUUGGGAUAAUGUUAUCAACACUCCUCUGGAUGCACUGUUUUCUUCUGAAUCAACGCUAUCCUAUUUCAUCAUAAAGAUUUUAACGUCAUUCAGUGUCACAUGAAAAUUCGUGGUACCUGAAGUUGACAUCUUUUAUUGUUGUUCAAUCACGCCAUGAAACACACCGACUCAUUGGCAUGCCCAUAUAUGGCGGGACUAGAACGUCUUGCGCACGCCACAUCCCUGUUAUUUUUUUUAUUUUUUUUUUUUGUUCUAAAUGCACGUGGAUGUACGUCUACUAGCGCUAACACGGAUGGAACUGUCAACAUGGCGUUCACGCUUGUGCCCGCGUGUUUCAGCAUGACACAACAGGCCACACAAAUUCGAGCACCGUGGUAACACUAAGUUACAGACAAUCAUAGAGACAGAAGCACUCUCACACCUUGCCCAUUUU